AGUAGUUACCGCACCGCAACAGACGGUGCAUGUCUUGUCGAUGUCCGCUUAUCGACAGGCGGUUAGUGCACGUCAUGAACGCUUGCAAUUGUUCAACGUAGCCGGGAAGUUAAACAAACGGGUUUUCAAUUUGAAUCAUCGAGUUUGGACAGUAAAGUCGAUAUUUGACCGAUUAAAUUUGUCGCAGCUCGGCCAACUAUAAUCAAGUGUACCUAAUGUGCUAGUGCGUCGCAGUGACAGUUACCUACUCGUUAAUAACCUGUGACCGAGCACGGUCAUUCGCUAUGUACAAGUUCAAUAAGUAAAUAGAAAUGGACCGGACACUGUGCCUCCUUUGUGCCCUGAUCUCAAUGACAUCUAUAAGAUGCCACCAAUAUAUACCCUCGCCGUACCAUCAGUACGAUCAGAUAGAGACAAACCAUGACCGACUGGGUCAAGCACAUCAGCGAGCGAGCGUGCACGACCAAGUUACGCAGCGAAUAACCGGUGAUCAAGCUACGCAGAGGUUAAGUGAAUGGGUCGAUCAGGCUACGCAGCGGAUAAGCGAACGAAAAGAUAAUCAAGCUACGCAGAUAAGCGAAAGCGCCCAAUCUACGCAGCGGAUAAGAGAAUGGGACGACCAAACUUCGCAAAGGUUGGGAGAACGAGACGACCAAGCUACACAGAGAAUGAGUGAACGCUCACUUCCCCUGGACAGUGGUCGACAGAGGCUACAAGACUUGCAAAGAAGGAGGUUUAAUCAGGAAGAUGAGGGUCCUAGAAUCGUGAAUGUAAAUAAAAAUUCGGGGUUUCAUUCGACGUCUAGAAGAGGCAUGGUGCCGGAUCCGGUAGUAUCGCCGGACGUAGUGGUGUUCCCGGGCCCGAGCCGGCGGUCCGAUCAGACGCAGUUCGUCCCCAUCGUGCCGGAGGAGUGUCUUCGGACGGGCAUAUGCGAAGACUUGCCCGACUACCCGGAGGAUCGAGUCGCCGCCAUAAUUGAGAAGCUCGGCAACGCGACCGACAGGUACAAGGUGGACGAGCUGGACACGCCUGAAAUAGCGCAGCGGAUCGGCCCGCCGGAAGAAAUGGAGCUCUGCGAGUUUUCGCUUAAGGUGGUGGUACCGAAGGCGGCUCCGGACAAAGACGGCAAUUGGCACUAUAUCCUCAACCAUAAGGACAAGCCUUUGCAGGGCUUCCAUGUUGAAAUAUGCAAAGAGGAUAAAUCCCCCUGCGCGAAGCUGGCUCACUUCUACUCCGGAUACGAAGCCAGCUGCAAGCAGAAAUACAUGCUGCGGUACAUGGCCGGCCUGAACGCUAACGGCGAGAUGGUCGAGAAGGCUUUCAAGCUGCCUAGCUGCUGCUCUUGCGUGGUCCGACAAAUAGAUUAGAGCCCGUCUGAGCAUAGAGAAAUAUAUUUGGUCAAGCAAAUCUUGUCAGUAGAAAAAGGCAGCAAAUUUAAAAGAUUCAGGCGCGAAGGGAUAUCUCCUAACAAAAUUUGCUCGGCCAACUAUACUUAUAUUUCUCUAUGGUCUGAGUCUGCACCAAAUUUGAGUGACCGAGUGCGCAUGCAGUGUUGCAAGGUCCCUUAAGCCAUAAGUUACGUUUCUUUUAAUGAAAAGUCAGAUUUUUAUUGCGGAAGUCACAUUUUGUUCUCGCAUUAUCAGA